AUGAGCAAUACCGACCUGGAGCGCAUGUCUCUCAGCUCCUCGGCCAACUCGGUGGCCUCCAGCGCUCGGACACUCUCAGCCAACGUGAGGAAGCUGCACAACGCGCUCAACCUCCUGCUCAACGACUUCGAGAGGGAGCAGUUCAUCCACUGCCUCAAUGUCUACCACUCCAAACGCAACGUGUACGACCUGGUUCAGACACUCAACGUCAUCCUCAACGCGCCCAGCAAGAGGCAACUUCUGCCCAUGCUGAGGCUGGUCAUCCCCCGCUCAGACCAGCUCCUCUUCGAGCAGUACACCUCGGAGGGCCUCUAUUUAAAAUCGGAUUUAGCCGCCAGUAACGGCAACGCGGAACCCCCCCCGCCGGGCGACUUCCCCAGCGCCAGCGCCAGCCCGACUCCCCCGGGACAUUUCUCGCCAAACAACCCGCCAGAGUUUCAGGUGGCUCUGCGGGGCUCGCCGGACAGUUUCAGCACCAGCAGCGACGGGACAGCUCCACUGGUGCCUCUGCUCGGGAGGAACUUUAUCCACGAGCCACCCGGAGAGUUGAGGCAGGUCACAAUGAAGAGGCACAAGAGCAACGAGGGCCUGGGCUUUAGCAUCCGGGGAGGCUCAGAGCACGGGGUCGGCAUCUACGUGUCCCUCGUGGAGCCGGGGAGCCUGGCGGAAAAAGAGGGUCUCCGCAUCGGCGACCAGAUCAUGAAAGUUAACGACAAAGUCUUCGAGAAAGUCACUCACGCUGAAGCAGUUAAAGUGCUGAAGGGCAGUAAAAAGCUUUGUCUCUCUGUACGAUCUGUCGGCCGGAUUCCAGGCGGCUAUGUCACCAACCAUGUUUAUACCUGGGUUGACCCUCAGGGUCGGAGCGUGUCACCUCCUCCUGACCUGCCUGAGCAUCGGAGCGCCACCCUGAGAAGAACUGACAGCCAGCGACGCAGUAACAUGCAGCUACUGCAGGACGGAGAUGAGAAGAAGGUCAACUUGGUUCUGGAUGAUGGCCGGUCUCUGGGUCUAAUGAUCCGGGGGGGAGCUGAAUAUGCAUUGGGUAUUUACAUCACCGGAGUGGACCAGGGAUCAGCAGCAGAGUGCGGGGGACUCAAGUCUCUGCCUGCUCCAUUCUCGCCGCCUUGCUCAGUCCCCCCCGCCACACCUCUGUGUUCCCUCCCGUCCCCGCAGGUCGGCGAUCAGAUCUUGGAGGUGAACGGCCGCAGCUUCUUGGGCAUCCCGCACGACGAGGCCGUCAGGGUCCUGAAGUCGUCGCGGCACCUGAUGAUGACGGUGAAAGACGUAGGCCGCCUGCCGCAUGCCAGGACGGUGGUAGGUGAGACCAAGUGGAUCGCCAGCUCGCAGAUCGGAGAGAGCUCCGCCAACAGCAGUGUGGCAGGCUUCUCUAUGGAACAGGGAGCCUCUGCAGCAGGAAAGUCUGGAUUUUAUAAAGGUGUGGCAGGCUCACAGGUGACCCUGUCCAGCUUGGUGAACCAGUCCCGGGCCAUGCUGGAGGAGCAAGCACGCCACCUGCUUACGGAGUCGGAGCGGCAGACUAUGGGCUACUACGUGGAGGAGUACCGGGACGGCCACAUCGGCGUGGAGCAGCUGGUCAUGGCGCUGUUUGAGCUGCUCAACACGCACGCAAAGUUCUCCCUGUUGUCGGAAGUGCGAGGCCUGGUCACCCCGCAGGACCUGGAGCGCUUUGACGGGCUGGUGCUGCGACGUGAAAUUCAGGCACUGAAGGCGCGGCAGGGCACAGCUGGAGCCACGGCGCACCAACCGGACUCCAUGUCCAUGGUGUCGUACCCAGACACCUUGACCUCGUCUUCAGCCAGCUUCAUGACCAACACCACCCUCAGCUCUGCACGGGAAAGGCUGCUCUGGCUGAUAGAUAUGAUGGAGAAUGACAGCGUGGUGGAGAGUAAUCAGGAGGAUCCUCCAGGGAGCCUCAACACACUGCUGACUGACAUCUCUCUGGAUGAUGUACAGUCCACCACAGCUGAAUCCCCCCCCUCCUUCAAGCCUCCGCCCCCACCAGGGGGGCAGAGGCAUCCGAGUAGACAAGACCAGCUCAACAAAUGCCCCUCGUCCGAAUCCUCCCACUCAGGCCUGUACUUCACAGCCCCAACUUCCCACAACCACAGCAAAGACCCAGGACACGCCCCCACUUCACCCUCGCUACACCACAUACGAGAGCACCCCAGGGACCACUCUCGGGAAUACGCCGCCAUCCGGAAGAGAGAACCUUCAGCCCCUUCCAAGAAAGAACAAAUGACCGUCGCUCAGUUGUCCAUGGUCUCCAAGCACAUCAUUGGCCCUUUCCCCAGGGUCCGGUCCCCCAACAGAGGCACCAAACCUGGGGUCCCGUCCCCCUCGCCUCCACCUCCGCCUCCGCUCCCCGCUCCUCAUCCGCCUCCUUCUCUGCCCCUUAAGCUAGUGUCCAUGUCCAAAGCCUCCACCGCCUCCUCUCCUGGCACUAAACAACAGUUUGUUACAGUGGAGGUUCACAGGCCCAACGCAGAGCCCGACGUCAACGAGGUGCGGCCCCUGCCCCAAGCUCGAGGUGGCGCCCUGUCUCAGCUGUCAGACAGCGGCCAGACACUCAGCGAAGACAGCGGGGUGGACAUAGCUGAGUCAGGACACAUCAACAAAGACAGCAGCUCCCAUUCCACACGCACACGCCACCCCCGAGACACCCAGGGGGGUAGGGGGGACAAACCGCCGGGGCUGUUGGAGCCUACAUCCACACUAGUGAGGGUGGCAAAGAGUGCCAGCACCCUGGGUAUUGCCAUCGAAGGUGGAGCCAAUACUCGACAGCCGCUGCCAAGAAUUGUCACAAUACAGAGGGGUGGUUCAGCUCAUAACUGCGGCCAGCUGAAGGUGGGUCAGGUGAUCCUGGAGGUAAACGGGAAUUCCCUGAGGGGCCGUGAGCACAAGGACGCUGCACGCCUCAUUGCCGAGGCCUUCAAGACCAAAGAGAGGGACUACGUGGACUUCCUGGUGACCGAGUUCAAUGUAGCGCUAUAG